AUGAAAUUAUUGUUACACGCAUUAAUUUUCGUGUUACUUACAUUAUCGUCAACUACUUCACUCGAAACAACAAGGAAUGAAGAUGCAUGUGCGAGAAUAGCAAUUGAAUAUCAAAUAUCUAAUAAAGAUCCAGAAUUUAGCGCAAAUUUUACCGACGUUAAAGAAUGCCUUGAAUCAUUUCCUUAUGACAAAGGGAUAGCUGAAAGUACAAUCGAAACGAUAAAGAAAACGGUUCAAGGAUUUUUUGUUUAUUUAUCAAAGGUAAAAGAAGAACCUCAGCAAGGAUUUUCAUUUAGAGGUGUUGAUUUGAUUAAAGAAAUGGAUGAAUUAUUGUUAAAUAAUUAUACAUCAGAGUAUCAAUUCAUGUCAAAAUUAAGCAUAUUAAUUAAGGAAUUGAAAGAUGCUCAUAUGCGAUUUAUUCCAUUAUGUUACUUAUCGGCAUUCAUUUAUAGUCAACAACUUUAUUUAUAUUCAGUAAUUAACAAUAAUGAUGAGCAAAUCAUCAAAAUAUUCGAUGAUGAAAUUGACAGUCGUCACAAUGAUUGUGAAGUGACACACAUUGAUGGCAGACCUUCAAUGGAAGUUAUAAAAGAAUUUGCGGAUUCAACGCUCGAUAUUUCAAAAGAUGCGGGUGUAAGAUUCAAUGCAGCACUUGCAACAUUAGUACAUAACGAGACUGACAGAAUCAUCUCUAGAAGUAGUAAAUUCACGUUAAGAAGAAAUCUCGACUUUCUUCCAGAGAAAUCAUCAACAGAAUACUCUCUAUUAUGUGCCAAUGAUGAAAAAACCAAAUUUGUAAGAGAAUGGAAGAUUGGAUCAAAGUAUUAUGAUAGGUUUAAUACAUCUGAAGAUUUUCAUAAUGAAUUUUGUAAAAUAAAAAGGACUCCAACCAUUGCCUCUGCUAAAUUUAGUAAAAUAUUUGAACCAAUAAUUUAUAAUGAACCAAUGGUUGAAUGUGAAUCAGUUUAUGUAACAUUGAUGGCUACUUUUUAUAUAUUGAGUGAUAAUAAGACUGGGGUUGUGGCAGUUCCAACAAUUAAACCGUCAGAUAAUGAUUAUAUAAACCAAAUGUUUGAAUUGCAAAUUGGAUUUGGGUUAUUAGAAGAUAGAGGUGUAACAAAAAUCGUACUGGAUUUUCAUGAGAAUGGAGGAGGAUAUGUAGAUUUAGCAUUAUUCUUUGUUUACUUAUUAUUUCCAGAUGCCAGUCCAUCAUUUGACAAUGAUAUGGUGGUUAGCGAAUUGUCGCGAGCGACCUUCGAAGCGGCAUCAUCAGAAUCAUAUGUGGUACAAGCAAAAAAGAAAUUAAAUGGAUUAACCAUGCCGCCACCAGGCUCUGAUACUAAAAAUUUAAUGACGUGGGCCGCAAAAACAGUGAAUAAUAUAAUCGGAAAAACUUCAUUUUUCAACAUUUUUGGUUUCUUAGAUCCAAAUACAGAAAGUCGUUUUCAAUCGGUUGAGGAAUUUAUUGGUAAUAAUACAUACGUAAGAGGAGGAACUACUACAUCAUUUACAUCGAGAUUUGUUGAUAGAUAUGCACAAGAAUUUAGUCUAUUUGUUAAAUUGUUAGCAGGAAAUAUUAAAGAAUAUAAAUGGAAGAGUGAAGAUAUUAUUAUAUUAACAAAUGGAUUUUGUGGUUCAUCAUGCUCAUUGAUUACUCAUCGUAUGGCAGAAAAGUUUAAUGUGAGCACUAUCGCUGUUGGUGGUUUCAAAGAUGUGCCAUUAUCAUAUGCUUCAUUUCCCGGUAGUCAGGUUCUUAACCUUGAACAGAUAUUCUUUGCAUUAAAUGAUAUCGGAAUAUUACAAAAUGAAACGUUAAAGGAUUUAAUUCCUCCUCCAUUUAUGUUUCCUGCAGAAUUAAGAAUUACAUUAAAAGAGAUUUAUGAUAAUGUCAAUAAAGAUGAUAUAUUAGAAUAUGCUUAUAAACCUGCGAAACAUAGAUUAUAUUAUGAUGAGCAAAGUGCGAGAGAUCCCAGUAUAUUAUGGUUAAAAGCUGCUAAAUUUUUUUCCUAA